CUGUUUGUUUGUUCCCACAGUCUCUCUACUUCCACCAGAAAUCAUCGCGGAGGACGGUGUCGACAAUUAGGUGGGCGGUGACACAUGGCAUGAAUAUGGGUCCGACAGCGGAAAAGGAGGUAUCCAGCCUCCAUAUCCUCAGGUACCACAGAGAGCUGCUGGUCUCUCGGGUGAAGAGCAUCCAGUGUAUACUGGACAAUCUGCUGGCCAGUGGUUUCCUGUGUGUAGAGGAUGUGGAGAUUGUGGAGCACACCACGACCAAAACUAAUCAGGUAGUAAAGGAUCAGGUGCGCAAAAUACUGGAGCUAGUGCAAUGCAAAGGGGAGGAGGCCUGUGAAUACUUCAUUUACAUCCUUUAUAAAGUAUGUGAUGCUUACAUAGAUCUCCAGCCAUGGCUAAAAGAGAUCAACUACAAACCCAAAGAUUCCGUACAGGCCAUGAAAGUGGUGAACACAGAUCCCAUCAGUAGGUACUGUGAGAAACUGAGGCAUGAAAUUGGUCGAGACACCUGCUUCAUCAUGUCAUAUGGCCAGCGAGAGGAGACCAUGCUGGAGGACCUCUACACUGACACACAGAUGGAAUUGUUUGAUGAUCGGAAUGAGAGCCUUGGCUUCCUGGAGAGUCCGGUUGAGCUCCUUGGGGAACAGGGGGUCUUCAAUCCACAUGCUGAAACAAUCUAUGUGACAGGGGAUGCUGGAAUGGGCAAGUCCAUUCUUCUGCAGAAGCUCCAGAAUCUCUGGUCCAAGAGGGAGCUGCAGACAGAUAUUAUGUUCCUCUUCAAGUUCCGCUGCAGGAUGUUCAGUACAUUCAGAGACACAGAUGAAAUCUCCCUCAGGGACUUGCUCUUCAAAUACAACUGCUAUCCAGACCAAGAUCCAGAUAAUGAGGUGUUUAAUUACAUUGUACGCUUCCCAGAGAAAGCUCUUUUUACAUUUGAUGGCUUUGAUGAGAUCCAGGAGGAGCUAACCCUGAUGAAUGUGCCUGAGGUUGUGUCACCAGAGGAGAGGGCACAUCCCCUCCUCUUGCUCAUCAACAUAUUGUGUGGGAAACUUCUGAACGGUUCCCAGAAGGUGCUAACGGCCCGGACAGGGACUCCAGUCCAGAGUAGGGUGAUCAGAAAGAAGGUAGUUCUCCGAGGAUUCUCCCCAGUGCACCUAAAGACUUAUGCUCAUCUGCACUUCAAGGAGCAGGAACAUCACAACCUAGUAUUAGUACAGCUGGAUGCUAGCCCACAUCUCUCUGGCCUCUGUUCUACCCCACUCUUCUGCUGGAUUGUAUUCAAGAGCUUCAAGCACCUGUACACCAUGCAUGAUACUUUUGAACUGCCUGAAACCUGUGUCACACUCACUGACAUUUUCCUCCUGUUGUCUGAGGUUUUCCUCAGCCGCUUGAGCUUGCAUCCACCAGGCAUCCUUAAGAGAAGCACUAGGUGCUCCUCAGAGACAUUCAAAGCAGGGCUGAAAUCCUUUGCAGCCUUUGCUAAGCUGGCCUUUCAAGGUAUGGAGAGAGGUCACCUUAUUUUCAACCAAGAGGAGAUUACUAGUUGUGGCCUUAUGGAGGAAGAUCUGCUCAUUGGCUUUCUCCGACCUGUCAGCCAGUAUGAUGCCUGUGGAAGCCCUGCCACCUUUGAGUUCCUCCACAAAACCCUACAGUCUUUCUUGGCUGCAUUUUAUCUUGUGUUGGAUGACCAGGGUCCUGUGAGCUCCCUCCUCAAGUUCUUUACAGAGUGUAGUAGGACAAGGCAAACAUUUUGUCUGCCUUGUGCCUCCUGCAUUAGUGGGUCCUCAGCAGUGAGAGGAAAGGAUCCAUUCAAAAGUAAAGAGCACCUUCAGUUUGCUAAUCUUUUCCUGUGUGGAUUGCUUUCCAAGGCCCACACUGGCUUGAUGGAGCAUAUGGUACCUCCACUGCUGUUGAAGAAAAAACGGGCAUUUCUAAAACAAUACCUUUCUACCAGUGUAAAGUCCCAUCUCCAUGGCCUGCCACACUACUCAAGUGAUGAGGGCAGGAGGGUUCAUGUUUUGCCCAGUUUCCUAUGGAUGCUGAGGUGUAUCUUUGAGACAGGAAGCAAAGAUGUGGCCAGGAUGACAGCAAAGGGCAUCACAGCCAACUUCCUUAAGCUGGGCUACUGUAAUGUGUACUCAGGCGACUGCACUGCCAUUAACUUUGUAUUGCAGCAUCGGCAGAAGUUGCUGGGACUUGACAUGGAUAACAACAACAUCAGUGACUAUGGAGUCAAGCAACUGCAACCAUCCUUCUGCAAGAUGACAGUGGUGAGGUUUUGUGUCAAUGAACUCUCAGACAGCAGUGUUGAGGUUCUGGCAGAGGAGCUUUGUAAGCACAAAGUGGUGAAGAUCCUGGGGCUUUAUAAAAAUCACAUCACAGAUGUUGGAGCCAGACUAGUUGCUCAGAUAAUUGAGGAAUGCCCACAGUUGCAAAAAGUCAAGAUUGGCAACAACAAGAUCACUAGUGUUGGUGGGAAAUAUUUGGCCAGCGCUAUUCAGAAGAGCACAUCUAUAUUUGACGUUGGAAUGUGGGGCAACAACAUUGGUGAUGAAGGUGCAAAAGCCUUUGCAGAAGCUUUGAGGAAUCAUCCAAGUCUUACCAACCUCAGUCUCUCAGCCAAUGGCAUCACAUCAGAGGGUGGGAAGAGCUUGGCUGAAGCUCUGAAGGAGAACAGCCGCCUCAGGAUCUUCUGGUUGGUACAGAAUAUGCUGUCUGAUGAUGUGGCUCCACACUUAGCUGAACUGAUCAGAGCGAACACAGGACUGUCCCACCUUUGGUUAAUCAGUAACCAGUUCACAGUGGAUGGCAUGAAACAGCUCUCUGAGGCCCUUUCUCACAACACAGCACUCAAAGAGAUCUGUGUCAAAGGAAACCAGCUGUCUGAAGAGGAAGAGGAACUGUUUUUGGCAGACACCAGACUGAGGUUUCACUGAAUGGGCACAUUUAUGAGAAGGAAGCAUGUUUGUAAUAUUUGUAUAACAGAAAAGACUUUAUAUCAGGAUCCCUGAAGUGUGUGUAUGGGUGUGUCAUAUUAGCAUUAGCCUAAGUACAGCCUUGCCAGAUGCAAUGCAAUUGCAGGGACUUUAGAUUAUCGUCCACAAGAUGAACGAUGCCUAGUACUUAAAUUUGCUGAUGACAGUGUUUUCUGGCUUAUCUGAAAAUCAUCUGAGAAGUUGUUAUAGCCAGGAAUAGCCAGGAAAUUACAUUUAUGGAGUACUUUGAUAAAAAAAAUUUCAAAGUUAAAUGUUAAUAAAAUUAAAGGUGGUCUUGACUUUUAGAGAGUUAAAUCUGCUGCUCCACAUCUUCCGCUAUGGUGUAUUAAUGAGGAAAAAAAUGAAUGAAAUGAAAUAUCUGGAAACAUCAAUGAUAAUUAAGAGUGCUGUUGUGGAAAGUGUAGGUCACUUUUGGGAGGGAUCUUUAAUGAGAAGCUUGUAUCUUUUAAUAUGAAUAAAGAUAUCUGGAGGAUAUCACUGAUAGGCUGUCCAAGGUGUUCAGAAAGAUCAUGGAGGACAGGGAGCAUCAUGUACAUCAGAAUAUCAUGGACAAACAGAUCACACACACACACACACAAACACCAACAUCUCCUCUCUUAUACCCCAGAGUAUUAGAAUAUACAAUACUAUAAGAGCUUAGUAUAAUUUGUCUUGUGUUUUGUAUGUAUGUAUAUUUUUUCAAACAGGGCAUGCAACAGUG